AUGACCGCUUCCUUUCUUUGGGACUUGGGCCAGCAUGCCCUUCGACUUUGUUUUCCAACCCUCGCGGACAUGAUCCUCGUCGCCAAUGCCACCUCUGCCGUGCUGUCUCUGAUGAUCGACAACUCUAAUCGCCCCCCUAUUACCAAGAACGUACUCAAGGCGAAGAAGAGGAUCAACAUUGCUCUUCCUAAUGACACCAGCGUCCAAAACAUCAAGGAUACCGGAGCGAUCUGUGACUUCGAGACAACCAAAGAGGCACCUACUCACCCCUCCAUCGAUCCGACUAUCAUUGUUGCAGCCACUUGCGCCACUAUCAUCGAACCCAUCACCGAGAACAUUGAUAGUCCCCUUUCUGGCAAUGACAUCCGCCAAGAAGCCUCAGAUGUUGACAUUGUCGAGGCCGCCCCGAUGAUCCCCAAGGACCUGGAUUCGGUCAACCCCGAAACCGAGGCUCACAUCUACAAUCAUGCCCUUCCCAUCAUGGAUAUUUUCGAGGUCAACCUUUCCGCCGCUGAUGACCUUGACGACUCGGCUGCUUUCGCUUCCAGCUGUCACUACCACGAUUUCGAGCGUUUCCUUGACGAGGAUCGAAUGAUGUGGAUUCCACGCCCGGCAGAGCGCGUGUUUGCAAAGAAGGCAGUUGUCAAGAAAGUCGAGAGGCACCGUCGAGAUGCAGAUGCGGCUGGCCCCACUCAUGUGAGGGAAGGCCCCGGUGCAGAUGGCAAGCACGUUCCGACCGUUGCGCAGUCGGACGACAUCACAUUUCAGCAUGCCAGCGAAGUCUCUGCAGGUGCAACCACACAAACAUCCAACGGCCCGAUCGCCGACACUACGCCCGAUACAUCGGAUACGGCCUGCACGUCGCCCGACAAUGUCUUUAACAACUCGGACGAGAAGCCAGCUUUUUCCUCGAUCCCGGAAAUCGUAGUAUCUCCUCCCACCGGCACUUCCGACGGAGACGCGAACUAUAUCCGUUCCUGCCCUGCGGCUCAAGAGCCCGACUCCCCCAUUCCGAUCCGGGCCUCCCUUCCCACCUUCAACUAUGUCUACGACUACGCCUACCAGGGUCUGACCCAGGAGGAUCUAAAGAAUCUGGACUUCGUGACAGUCCUCACCGACCCCAUCAGCGGCAACCAGUAUGGCAUGCUCACUUGUGGCUACUGGUACUGGGUCGAAGAUGACGACAAUGUUCGGCAGAUGGUGGAAGACGAGUACGAGACCUUUUUGAACUGGAUCGACGCGGUCAACUUUACAACCACCAGGAGCGGAGAUUUCGUCGAAGAGGAAGACGAAGAAGAGGGUGAGGAAGACUGGGCAGAACUUCUUCGCUGGAAGAAGAGAUACGAGCUAGGCAGAGGUUGGGAAGUCGUCCGGUCUUUUAACCACCCCGAGUUCGCCGACAGGAAGUACGCUUUGGGGAAUGAUCAGGAAUGGUACUUUGAGUUUGAGGGAAAGUUCCGCCGCUUGAUGGAGGAUGAAAUGGAUUUACUCAAGGGCCGGUUGGAGGAUGGUAGCUUGGCUCCGGUCGAUGCUACUGAGGAGGAUACGGUCGUCAACCGCUGGGGACUCGAUAACAUCACUGAGGAGGCGGAGGAGGAAUCUUGA